CCCUCUUGCCUUUUCUGAUUCAGUUAGCUACCACAUCCUCGUUCAAUAUAUAAUUUCCGUUGCAAUAGUUACAGCUGCUGUAGUCCACAACUAGCAAGAGACGACAUACGUAGUGAGCUAUGGAAAGAAGGCUAACUUGUGCUGCGUACACAUUGCGAAUGGGAGCAGCUCUCAUAGGAGGGCUCCUUAUCAUUUUGUCUGGUGUGACUCUUGGAGUGAUCAAUCGUAAUGAAUUCCUUGGAGAUGUACGAAUCAGGUAGUAGCUAGCUAUUACUCAUACUUGACAGGAUAGACUUCUUUUGAAAUAGGUGAACACUCUGAUCUAUUGGUCCUCACAAACCUCAGCCUGGCUGCUGCUGGCUGGUUGACUGUCAUGAACACUAUAAUGAUGUUAUUCUUAGCUGCCUUUCACGUUGUGCACAUGGAAACAUUUUGGGAAUUCGGACGGACAGACGUCAUCAUUGAGACAUUGUUUUGCAGCAUUUUGGUUGUGUGCAAUCUUGCUACUGGGAUCUCCUGUGCAGUGCUUGCAGGGGAAUGGGGGAAAACGCCAACAUCCUGCAUUGAUGCCGAGUUACACGAUGCCUGUGACAGCAAACUGCUCAGUACUACUAACGCCAUGCAAGCUGUGUUCUGCUUCCUUCAAGUUGUAGUGUUUACAUCUCUGGGACUUACACUCACAAAAAUAAGGAGC